GCGAGUCCACGUACUCGAAAUGCCGGAGGAGAGAAGACCCCAACAACAAACAAAGACAGAGAGAAAGCCACUGAGACUUGAAUUCAUACAAAACAAAAAAUUGUAUGGAAACAAAAUUGGAAUUGAAUUUCCAGGAAGUCGCAUAACAAAAAGGGCGAUUCUACGAGAACCCAAAAGAGAUUUUCUGAUUUUCUCUCUCUCUCUCUCUCUCUCUCUCAAUCAGUAGCGAAAACUUGGAAAGAAAAGAAAGACGGAAAAGGAAAAGAGAAAGAUACAUCGAACUUUCUACGCAUCCUUGUCCCCCUCACCGUUCUUAUCUUUUUCUGCUUCUUCUCUCUGUCUAUAAAUUGAUUGAUUGCCAUAAUAUAAUUUCUGUUCAACCCAUUUUGUGCUUUGCAUCAAAACACCUGUUCUUGAUUCUCUCGCUCCGGGUCUGACUCUAAAGGAUUUUGACCUUUUCACGGUAGCAUGGCCUCACACUCAUUAGGGCAAUUUACAGAAGGGAAAGUGAGGAAUUCUCAAAGGGGGAAGAUGCCACUAACUGUGGACCUCAACUAUCCAGCUCCUUGUGAGGACAUGGUUCUAAAUGCCAGAUUUACUUGGGACAAUAGUCAACAAGGUCAAGAUGAAGCACAUAGUCGGUCAGAACCACAAGCUUCACAUGAUUGUGAGGUCAUUGAUGAUGAAGUUGUCAUAAUUUCCCCAAGGAUAUAUGCCCAAGCCAAGAAUAACUCCAGUAGAAACCUGGAGGUGCGGGAUGUGCCUCCUACAAAUACAGAACAGCAUAAUGGCCUUUCAGAUGUGGCUGCUCAAACACAUCUAAUUCCUCUUCAUUGCCACAAGCGUAGAAGAACUUUACGAAAUCAAGCAGUUUUAAAUUGGGAGCUCCACUUCAGCUCUGAAGACAGUGAUGCAAACAAGACAAAGGAAGUGCCUAUUCCAGAACUUCCUCAGAGCACGCCACCUCCAGAGACACCCGCCUUCAGCUGCCCAAUAUGCUUGGGCCCGUUGAGCGAAGAGACAUCAACAAAGUGUGGUCACAUCUUCUGCAAGAUGUGUAUUGAAGCCUCAAUAAAAGUUCAGCACAAAUGCCCAACUUGUCGUAAAAGGCUUAGAAUGAAAGACACUAUAAGGGUCUACCUUCCUACCAAGUGAUUGCAGAGCGGUUAGGUACCAUCAUGGGAAAAGGAAAAUUUUGGCGAAGAUUGCACAAGAUCUAUUGAUUACCCUAGACCUUAUUAUGUUUGUAAUAAGGGUCUUCAUGCUGUAUCGGGGCUGCUAGUCAUUGAACUUAUAGGUUAGCUAGCUCAGGCAUUUGUAAAGUUCAGAAUAUCUCAGUUUCCCAAACAUUCUAACAGUGGGCUUUGUCAAAAUGGUUUCUUUAUAACCCUCAUUAUGGCAUUUUGGUGUUUCUAUAUUGUGCUAGUAAAAUUCUUUGUUUCCUUGGACGUUGAGGAAUAUUAGAUCCUAAUUGGACAAUGUAUUUUUUUUAAAAAAUUUAUAGUAUCUGUUUUGGGUUAGUAGACAGCAGGCAGCAGUGUUUACUGAACCACGAUAGUAAGCAAAUGCUUCCAACAACCUGUUACUGCCUCUUGUAACCUUGUAACCUUGUUGCAUUUCUGAUAGAAAAAUAUACUUUGUAUUUGUGUUGAACUAUUAAAAGUUUCAGACUAGCAGUUAA